AUGGCAGAUAUUUUGGGUCUUGUUCGCGAUUUUCAUUUAAACAAUAAGCGAAUAGGCGAAACACAAAAUGAGUUGAUAUUUGGUGACUUUGCUUGGUCUAAAAAAGCCAAGACUAACUAUGCUGCUGGUGUUCCCGUUGUACGACUGCCCGAUAGAAAAGACCUUUUGGCUUUUCUUAAUGGCGAAACUAACUCGGCUCCUGGAAUUGACAGGGCUGCUCCGGUUGCUAUUUCUCUCUCCAGGCCUGUUGCCAAGCAAGGUGGGUCGUUUGUUUUGGCUGUGGCUUCAACCGUAUGUCUUAAUAAUCCUUUCAUUCAUCCUAAUUAG